AUGCCUAGGAUGACUAACCAAGUCAUCACAUUCUUCAAGGAUGAUGCUCGGAGGGUCCCUUUUCCCCACCAUGAUCCCUUAGUGGUCGAGAGCCAUAUUUCCAACAUGAUGGUGGCUUGGAUUCUGGUGGACGAUGGGAGUUCUGUGAACAUCCUAUUUAAGUCAUCCUACGAGAAGAUUGGGCAAACCACGAGUGACUUGUCCCCAUGCACUUUGAAUUUAUCCGAGUUCUCAGAGGAAGGUCUCAUUUCGAUGGGGCAAAUCAAGCUGCUUGUGACACUUGGAGAAGUGCCUCGUCAGGCCUUCAAGUAUUGCACCUUCGUUGUCGUGGACUGGUCCUCGACGUAUAACGCCAUCUUAGGGCGUCCAACCCUGGUAGAGUUUGGAGCGAUCACUUCCAUUCGUCACAUGUGCAUGAUGUUCCCCAUAGAGGCAGAAAUUGGCAGAGUCCAUGGAGACCAGAAGGAGGCCAGGCAGUGCUACAAUGUCUCCCUCAAGGAACUAGUGAUGGUGAUUGAGGCAGCAGCCCCCAAGCAGCCACCUCAUGAGGAGGUGGAGGUAUAG